UCUCUCUCUUUACAAUUGUAGGCAAUAAACAUGGCUGAUCCUCUCGAAACCGUUACUUUGAAACUUGGAGAUCUCGCUACAAGCAAUCCGCCCUCACAACCCUCUAGUGUUCCACCACCAGCACCCGCUGGAGGCCCACCACCUCAAUCCAAUAACUCAACACCAAAGCCAACUUCUGAAGGCGAUGAUUCAAAUUUGAUUAAAAGCACACACACUGUUCAAGUCAAAUUAGCCGAUCAACAAGCUGAUCCUAAUUCACCACUCUACUCAGUUAAAUCUUUUGAACAACUCGGUUUGAGCCCUGAGCUGUUGAAGGGUUUAUACUCUAUGAAAUUCUCGAAACCCUCCAAGAUUCAAGAACGUGCUCUUCCUCUAUUGAUCAGUAAUCCUCCUAAAAAUAUGAUCGGUCAAUCUCAAAGUGGUACUGGUAAAACCGCUGCUUUUGUUCUUACCAUGCUGACACGAGUGAAUGAAGGCAUGAACGUUCCUCAGGCUAUUUGCUUAGCCCCAUCUCGUGAAUUAGCCCGUCAAAUUAUGGAUGUUGUAGAGGCAAUGAGUAAAUUUACCAAUAUCACAAAGAAAUUAGUCGUUAAAGAUAGUUUAAGAAGAGGUGAACCAGUUCAAGCUCAAAUUAUUGUCGGUACACCAGGUACCGUCAUGGAUGCCAUUAGAAAGAGACAAUUGCCUGUUGGACAAAUCAAAAUUUUUGUCUUGGACGAAGCCGAUAAUAUGUUGGAUCAAGAUGGAUUGGGUGAUCAAAGUAUCCGUGUUAAAAACAUGAUUAAAUCUACUCCACUGCAAGUCGUACUUUUCUCAGCUACAUUCCCUGAGCACGUUCGUAUCUUUGCCGAAAAAUUCGCACCCAAUGCGAAUGAAAUUUCUUUGAGACGUGAAGAUCUGAGUGUCGACGCCAUCAAGCAACUUUACAUGGAUUGUGAUAGUCAAGAACACAAAUAUGAAACUCUUUGCAACAUUUACGAUUUACUGACUGUCAGUCAAAGUAUCAUUUUCUGUAAGCGACGAGAGAACGCUGAUGAAAUUGCUAGACGCAUGAAAGCUCAAGGACACUCUGUGGGUUCUCUUCAUGGCGGUAUGGAUCCCUCUGAACGUGAUCGUGUCAUGGAUGAAUUCCGUCGCGGUGUAUUCAAGGUCCUCAUUACCACUAACGUGCUUGCGCGUGGUAUCGAUAUUUCACAGGUGUCUUUAGUUAUCAACUACGAUUUACCCUUGGAUCAACGUGGACAAGUUGAUUUUGAGGCUUACUUGCAUAGAAUUGGUCGUACUGGUCGUUUCGGUCGUACCGGUGUCAGUAUCAUUUUAAUUGAUAAUAAGCGCGACUGGGAGCAGAUGCGCGAAAUAGAGGAUCAUUUCCAACGAGAAAUCAUUAAUGUUCCAACUGAUGAUUGGGAGAAGGUGGAGAAGCAAUUGAAGGCUCUCAUUUAAAAAAACCCUUUUUGCUAUUUUGAAUAAAAGCAAUAUUUCUCAUUGAAUACAGUCUGAUGUUUCAAAUUGAAGAUACCAUCUGAAGAAUACUGUAUAUGAGUUGCUUAGGAACAACCAUUUAUAAUGAGAUUUG